UCUGAAGUCACAGAACCGCAACUGACGUACGUAGAACCUCCGUAGAACCGCCGGAAAAAUGGUGAAGCAGUUCUCUGGGAAGACGUAUGAGCUGGACCUGGAUAGCCAGCAGAAUAUUGAGGCCAUGUUUGACGUCUACGGGGUGUCAGACCCAUCCCACAAGCAGGUGGCCCUGAAGACGAAGUCUCGAGUGACAUUGACUGUGGAUGGCGACAAGUACACAGAGACAACCCAAACAGGGGACCACAAGAGAAGCGUCACGUUCCACCUGGGAGAGGAGUUUGCAGAGGAGAUCCUGGGCCACAAGUGGAAGAGCUCCGUCUCACUCAAGGACGACCACACGCUGCUCAAGGUCGAGAAAGGCGAGGAUGGCAAGACCGUGACCCUAGAGAAGAGCUUCAGCCCUCAGCAGCUGGUCGUGACUUACACCUUCGGAAGCGUCACGGCAAAGAGAAUCUACAAUGCUGUUUAAGACAUUUCAUAAUUUAUUUAUAUUUUUAUAUUAUUGUAACAUUAAAAAUAAAAUUUUUACCUGUGA